AAAUUCUUUGCCCGAAAAUGUAAAACGAAAUCAGACGGACAAAAGAAAUUCUAAAAAUAUCAGUGGGGAGUGAGCAGAGCUGCAACGGCAAGACUCUUUUCAAGUUGAGCUUCUCAAUUUCUAUUGGUUUAGCGGACAAUAAGGUUUCGGAAAGUUACGGAAUUGGGACUUGCGGCUUGAUGGGUGAGGAAGGUGCGGUGUCGGAAAAGGUCGAGCCUGUGGGUAAUGGGAAGGUGGAGGUUCUUGAAAAGGCCAAUGUGGAGGGUAAGGCUGAGGCUGUAGAAGAUAACAAAGGAGAGCAGCCUGAUACGGUGACAGAAAUGGAAGAGGAUAAACCAGAUGAGGAGAAAACUGAGGCUCAGCAAAUGGAUGUCGAUAAAGAAGAGGCCAAUGGGGAGAAGGCAGAGGGGGAAACGGUAACAAUAGAAGGAGGAGCUGAAGAAACUGAGAAGCAAGAAGCUGAAGCUGAUGAAGAAAAGGAAGAAACUUUGAAAGAUGAUGGGGGAAAGGAAGAAGUGAAGGAUGAAAAAAUGGCGGAAGAGGCUGAGGAGGAUACUGAAAAGGUGACGGAGGAGAAGGUUGGGGAAGAUGAUGGAUCUAAAGACGUGGAAGAUAAGCCGGAGGAGCUGAAGGAAGGGAAAGGCUCGAAAAAACGCCCUAGAUCGAAGACUGGUGGUCGGAGAAGUGACAAGACUACAAAAAAGGAACCUGUAGAGGUGAAGAAGGAGACUGAAAAGGUGGAGAAGGAGCAGAAAACCCCAACUCCGAAAAAGACAAAAGAACCUAAAACCUCAGUGGUGAAAAAGGAAAUUGAGCCCAAGACACCCUCGGCUUUUUCUCUUGAGCGUCCUGUGCGUGAAAGGAAAUCUGUGGAAAGGUUGGUGGCUACUAUUGAGAAGGAUGCCUCCAAGGAUUUUCGUAUUGAAAAGGGUCGUGGAACUGCGCUGAAAGAUAUUCCAAAUGUGGCGUACAAAUUGUCAAGAAAGAAGACUGAAGAGACUUUUAAAGUGCUGCAUACUAUACUCUUUGGAAGGAGAGGAAAGGCUGCUCAAGUGAAACACAACAUUUCGAGAUUUUCUGGAUUUGUUUGGCAUGAUAAUGAGGAAAAGCAAAUGAGCAAAGUCAAAGAAAAACUUGACAAGUUUGUCAAGGAGAAAUUAAUAGAGUUCUGUGAUGUCCUUGAUAUUCCAAUUUCAAAGACUAGUGCGAAGAAGGAAGAUAUCAUUGUAAAGCUGAUGGAAUUCUUUAUGGAACCUCAUGCUACAACCUCUGAUUUGCUUGCUGAAAAAGAGCAGGGAACGAAGAGAAAGAGGAGUAGCAAACCAGCAUCAGGAAGUGCUACACCAACUAAAGGUUCAGUAAAGAGUCGAAAGAAAGUUGAGAGUGAUUCUAAAAAACGUGGGGAGGCAAAGGUCACUUCUCCUGAAUCAGAAGAUGAAUCUGAUGAAGAUAAAGGGGAAGAUACAAAUGGUGCUCAGGACAGAUCAGAAGAGAUGUCUGAUCAAGCUCCAAGCGAGGGGAAAGGAAGUGAAUCUGAAGAGGAGUCAGAUGAGGACAAAGGAAAGAAGAAGGCAAGUUCUGCAAAGUCUUCUAUAAAGAAGGGCUCUUCUGAUAAACCCAAGACAAAGAAAGUGACAAUCUCUAAAAAGACCAGUCCCCCACCCAAGAAAUUACCAGCAAAAUCACCGGACAGCUCUAAAAUCAAGAACGACUCGUGUGCAAAGAAAUCUUCAGUUAAAAAGAAGGAUGAAGCAGUGAAGAAGUCAUCAAUCCCAAAGAAGUCACCAUCAAAUGACAGCCUUGGGAAGAAAGUUCUGAAAGUGAAACAGAAGCCCAAGGAAGAGACUCUAGACCCAAGUGAUGAUGAUCUUAGAAACUCAAUCUGUAAGAUCCUCAAGAAGGUCGAUUUCAAUACGGCUACAUUCACCGACAUUUUGAAGUUGCUUGCAAAGGAGUUCAGCACUGAUCUGGCAGCGAGGAAGUCAACAGUAAAGCUGAUGAUUCAGGAAGAGCUGACAAAGCUAGCCGAUGCUGAUGGUGAUGAUGAAGGUGAAGAGGAGGAUGAAGGAAAUGUGGAGAAGGACGAAAAAGCUCCUUCCAGUAAAGGUGUCAAGGCAACGUAGUGUACACACUAACAAAAUACCCUUAUCUGUAGUUGUGUUGUUGUAAUGUAUCAGUGUUCCUGUUAUGGAUCGAGGCAGCUGUAAUUAAUUAACGUUAGCUAUAGCAUUGUUAAUUGCUUACCCAGCUUCCUUAGUUGUUCAGACAAUUUAACUGGUCAAGCUUGUUAUGUAAACUGUGAUAAAUUCUUCCCCUUUUGAAUUUAUUAGGACAAUUUUUUUUUGCUGUCA